AGAACAAGCAGGUGCUGACGGCGCGUGCGUUCCCGCCGCAGCGUUGCGUCUUUUUUUCUUUUCUUUCUUCGUUAAAAAAGAGCAGUUGUUUUUUCUUCGUCUGUUAAAAAACAACUUGUUCAAAGUGUCUCGAGCGCACAAAUUUACUGAAAUAACACCGGGGCGAUGUCUCGUGCCACUCCCGGUAAUUCGGUUUAUUGCGUUGUUUUGCACUCGUGACAAAUACCGUACGGUUUAACAUCGUUUUUCUUUAAAUGUGUUUUUGUGGUUUAGUUUCGACGUAAACGCAACAAAUGACGCACGUGAGUCAUGACACACGCACACACACACACUGAACGAAAGUGACGGAGGGUCUUUGAACGAGGCUGGAUCUGGAUGUGGUUCUGGAUCUGGACCAGAAGAACGUGGAUCUGGACCAGAAGAACCUGGUUUAGGACCAGAAAAACCUGGUUUAGGACCAGAAGAACGUGGUUCUGCUUGUUUAGUUUUCAAGAAAGAAGAAAAAAGUGCGACUUCAAACCUUUGAAGGAGGAAAAACUAAAGGGACGCGUCCUGAAAGACCAGAGCGAGGGAUGCAGUGAAGAAGAGGAGGAGGAGGAAGGUCUGAGAUCAAACCUCUGACCGAUGGAAAAGAAGAAGAGAUGAAUUCAGAUCCUUUGCAGGAGGAGGGGGCGGAGUUUAACUGGGAGGAGUUCAUGGAGGAGGCGGGACUCACCGCUGCUCCUCACGCCUCCUUCAAACACGUGGAGCUCAGUCUGCAGAGCAGCUUCCAGCCUGGGAUGAAACUGGAAGUGAUCAACAAGAGCAGCUCAGACUCGUACUGGGUUUCCACCAUCGUCGCCACCUGUGGUCAACUGCUGCUACUGCGCUACAGUGGCUACGGAGACGACCGCAAGGCCGACUUCUGGUGUGACAUCAUGACUGCUGAGCUGCAUCCUGUGGGCUGGUGUGCUCUAAACAACAAGACACUGAUGCCCCCUGAAGUGAUCAAAGAGAAAUACAGCGACUGGACCGAGUUCCUGGUUCAGGACUUAACCGGAUCCAGAACGGCACCGGCAAACCUGCUUGAUGGGCCUCUCAGAGGGAAGACCACGGUGGACCUGUUGGUCCAGGAUUGUGUCCUGGAGCUUCAAGAUGUCUCAGACCCGUUUCGGUUCUGGCCGGUUCGAGUGGUCCACAACGUCGGAGGAAGACUUCGCCUGCGCUAUGCCGGACUCUCUGAGGACGACCGGGCUCGGGACACGUGGUUGUUCUACCUGGACGUCAGACUCCGCCCCCUGGGCUGGGCCUUGGAAAACCAGCUCCACUUAGCCCCGCCCACAGAGUUUGGUUCACUGAAGAGCGCCCCCCACUGGCAGCAGGCUCUGGGUGCAGCGCGGCUCCAUGGUCAGAACGCUCCACUGCCAGUCCAGGUUUUUAAAGAUCACGUGGAUCUGCAGAAACAUGACUUUCAGACGGGGAUGAAACUGGAGAUGGUUUCACCGUGGGAGCCGUUCAACAUCUGCCCUGUUUCUGUCACUAAGGUCUUCAGUGAGAUCUUCUUCCAGGUCACGCUGGAUGACCUGCGUGUGGAUGUGACGCCACGCUCGGCCGUGUGCCACGCCCACUCUGCUGGACUUCUGCCGGUUCAGUGGAGUCUGAAGAACGGAGUGAGUCUGGAGAAACCGCGCGGAUACCAAGACCAGGACUUUGACUGGGCCGACUACCUGAAGCAGAGUGGCAGUGAAGCGGCUCCAGACGCCUGUUUCCCUCAUUCGGGGCAGAGCAGAGGUUUUGUGAAGGACAUGCUUCUGGAGGCAGUGAAUCCUCAUCGUCCAGAAGAAAUGUGUGUGGCACAGAUCACACAGGUCAAAGGUCACCUGCUGUGGCUGCGACUGGAAGGUUUAACAAAGUCUGAAUUCAUCGUAGACUCGACGUCCAUGAACAUCUUUCCUGUCGGCUGGUGUGAGGCCAAUGUUUACCCUCUGACCUCUCCACUCAGACCUGUCUAUCAGAAGCAGAAGAAGAUUGCAGUGGUGCAGCCUGAGAAACAGUUGGCUCUGCCCCAGCUGGUAGAGGUGACACCUGUCAGCCAGCCAGUUGCCAUGGAUACAGGAAGAUCGUGCUGCUCUCAGAUCUUUGUCAACCAUCGAUGUUUCUCUGGUCCGUUUCUCAACAAAGGACGAAUCUCUGAGCUGCCGCAGAGCGUCGGACCUGGCAAAUGUCCUCUGGUCCUCAAACAGCUGCUGAACAUGCUCAUCAACGCUGCAUACAAGCCCGGACGAGUCCUGAAGGAGCUGCAGGAGCUGCAGGAGCAGCAGGAGCAGAGCUGGGACUGUCAGGAGGAGACGCUCAAAGCCAAAUAUAAAGGGAAAAGUUAUCGCUCCACGAUCAGGAUCGUCCGCGUGGCCGAGCACGUCCCCGCGUUCUGUCGUUACGUGUGUGUGAAGCUUCAGUGUUGUCCAAACCUCCUCAGUCCCGUCCUCAUCGCUGACCAGUGUCCAGAGAAGUGUUCUCUUCAGACCAAAACCAAGUACACUUAUUACCACAUGAAGAAGAGGAAAGUGUCCAGAGCUGCAGCCGGAGAAGAAACCACGGAGACACAAGUGUCCAAACCCACGCGUCGCAGGAAGAAGAGGAAGUCCAUCUUUGUCCAGAAGAAAAGACGCUCGUCCACCAUGGACUUCACCUGUGCUGGAUCUCCACAGGACAGUGAUGAGGAAGAGGACCAUGAAGAUCUGAGUGAAGGAAACACUGACGUGUCCUCUGUGGAAGUGUCCAGCAGUCGUCCUCGUCGGGCCGCCACGCUGCGCCGGGUCGUCAGUGCAGGAAACGCCACGAGCAGCCGCAGCGUCGGCGAAGGUCGCAGGAGGUCGACCCGCUCGCUGUCGGCACAGAACCAGAACUACGACAAGAACCAGACACCGUCAAAGAGACAAGACACACAGGUGGAUAAAGACAAGGAUCAGCUGAUUUUGGACACAAACCCUCUGGACUGGAGCGUCAAUCAAGUCGUUCAGUUUAUCAACUCGACCGACUGUUCAUCACUCGCUCACAUCUUUCAGGAGCAGGACGUGGACGGUCAGGCGUUGCUGCUGCUGACUCUGCCCACAGUUCAGGAAUGUAUGGACCUGAAACUUGGCCCCGCCCUCAAACUGUGUCACCACAUCGAACGAGUCAAAGUGUCUUUCUACAGACAGUUCGCCAACUGAUGGAGGGUUGAUUUACUGCCCCCUGGUGGAAGGAAUACACAGAGGAGGUGGAUCCAUGUGCAGAAGACGACUUUGAUUUCAUGAUUCAGCUUCAUAACAUUUAGGUUUAUGAUUAUUGACCUGAAAGUCAAAUAAAACAUGUAUGAAAUAUAUUUAAGAGCCCAGGAAGUAAUAUAUUUGUUAUAUUUAUUCCACUGUCGUCACAGAAGCUUCUUUGUGUCAUCUAUGCAAAACAUCCCAUAUUUUAAUAAACAAGAACAUUUA